AUGGCGGCCGCGAUCGCCCAUUUCAAAACAAUCCCUUGGGCUGCGGCCAUCAUAUCAGACCCACAAUGGACGCCUACAAGAACAGCUUCGCGCGUCCCGAAACCUACCACGGAAGACUCCUUCUUCGCUGAAACCCUCGGUACUGAUCGCACAAUUCGGCAUUGUCUUACUCUGCGCCCGACUGUCGCAGAGGAGGGCACACAGAUUGCGUAUAAAGAAGUUCGGACCAUGAUGGAAUUAGGAGAAGGGCUGAACGGCCACCCAAAGAUACUACACGGCGGCUUUGUAGCAACAAUGCUAGAUGAGAUCUGCGGCGUGCUAAUUACGCUGAAUUUGGAGAAAAAGGUCGAAAGGUUACGGAAAGAGGGACUGAGUCCCCACGGAGGCAUGAACUGCUUCACAGCUUAUCUGAACACAAACUACAAGAAGCCCGUCCCUGCGCCUGGCCCUGUACUAUGUACGGCGCGGUUUGAACGACAAGAAAGAAACAAAACCUUCGUCAGUGCCACCAUAGAGGACGGCAAUGGUACAGUGUACACGAUUGGCGAAGGAAUGUUCGUCGAGGUCAAGAACAGCUUGUGA